CGUUCGGAAAUUGUCAGUGUUGGCUCCGCGCUUUACCUAGACGGGCACACGCAGGGCAGUGCGACGACGCACCGGGCCGCUAUAUACACGUCGAUAGACCAAACCGGGAGCCGCUACAACCGGCAACGUGCUGCAGCCAUGGCCCUGUUGGAAGACGGAUUCCGAUACCUGUCCUCCCUCGCCGACCCCCGGGUCCAGGGUUGGCCCAUGGUCGACAGCCCGAUCACCGUGAUCAGCAUCGUGGCCGUGUACAUCUCGUUCGUGACUACGGUGGGGCCACACUGGAUGCGCGACCGCAAGCCCUACAACCUCAAACCUGUGAUCAUGGCGUACAACCUGGCCAACGUCAUCGCAAGCGCCUACUUCGCCGUCCAGUUCUUCCGGCACACGUACUUCGGGGGUGGCUACAACUGGGCCUGCCAACCGGUGGACUACUCUGACAACCCGAAAGCCGUGGCGCUGACCAACCUCGUCUGGUGGUACAUGUUGCUCAAGAUCGCCGACUUGCUGGACACCGUCUUCUUCGUGCUCACCAAAAAGCAGAGCCACGUCACGGUGCUGCACGUCGCCCACCAUGCCAUGGUUGUGUGCACCGUGUGGCUCGUGCUGAAGUACGCCUGUGGCGGCAACAACAUGCUGACGGCGGCCGUCAACAGUUGUGUCCACGUCAUCAUGUACGGCUACUACUUCCUCUCCCUGCUAGGCCCAUCGGUGCAGAAGUACCUCUGGUGGAAGCGCUACAUCACCCAGAUACAGCUCAUCCAGUUCGUCGGUCUCGUAGCGCACGCCAUCUCGCCUCUAUUCGUGCGAUGCGGCUUCCCCCUCUUCUUCAGCUGGCUAUGUAUCAGCGAGUGCAUUUUCUUCUUCCUCAUGUUCUACCGGUUCUACCGCAACAGCUACAAAAAGCUAGUCAAGGAUUGUUAGUGCCCAGUCAAGCUAUACUCGAAUCACUUCAGCAGGGACCAUUGCCGGCAACCGACUGUCUUUCCUGGGAUAUUCAAGUGACCGUGCAAUCUGUGAGCAUCGCAGCAACAGCUCGCAACACUUGCCCAUCUGUUGGACAUCAUCGUGAGCGUUUUCUCGGACAGGUCAGGGUGCAGCAUGCGUUAACGCAUGUACCGGACGUUCGGUGGUGUCAGAAGCAGCAUGCUUGCGACAUUCACGCAAGCACACAACUCCGCCGAUCGAGGACAGAGACUGUGAGAAGACGAAAGAUCCGCACUCGCCGGCAAUUAUACAGGCGCGUCUACAUCGAUGGGAUCGUCUGUCUUCGCAUCGAAGGUUGUCACGUGCAUGCACUCAUACAUACUCCAAGACUCUAUGUACUACGACAAUAAUUCGCAAGAUAAAGCGACAGGCGGCAGAAGCAAGAGGAGGCGGCUGAAGCGCUUGUAUUGCACAUACGACGUGCCAGGCACAAGGGUUGACGAGGCGUUUUUUUUUUUUCUAUUUCCGUUUGCCAAAUUUUCUUCUUCUCUUUUUCUUCAUUUAGGCGAGCGCGAUCUGCGUUCCCAUUCCGGUCUCGCUUCGAAGACGGCCUCCCGUAGUUUGCUUUCAUUGUCACUAUCGUCGCUUCGUCGGCCCAGACACGCAGGAUGGUACUCUCGUGCUCCCCGUGCUCCCCCCUCCCCUUCCUCGACGACGCCUUUUACCAAUACUUCCUCUUGCCAUAGGCGCCCUUUGCGUAAAAGUCACGCCAACUGUUCUCAUGCCCCGUGUAACAGUUAUUUGGCUCAUGAUUCCCAGAAGAAAAAAAAGGAAUAAUACAGACGGCUCCGGAAGACAUGGUCUCGACGACAGCGGUGAACGCGCAGGGCCCCAUUGAAUGCGGUCGUGAGUGCGACCCUGCCGACGGUGGGGAGAUUGGUAUCGGCGCUUGCAGGAGAAAGGUCGAGUGGUCACAGACCAUCCUCUUCGCCUCCCAAGUCAAUCUUCCGCUCUCGAAAACAAUGCGAGGUCGUGCAGCCACAAAACGCCGCAUAUCCUUCCUACGGGGAAACGGUGAGGCGCCAUAUCAAGCAACGGCGUUACCUUGUGUUUCCAAUGGGCGAAUCAAAUUACCUUCCCUGUCCCGCGUCUUCGUGCUAAUACUAGUCCUAAGGGCAAGAAUGACGACGCAGUGGCGAUGGAUUUUAGAUCGAGCGAGUUAAAGUAAUGAAAGCGUGUAAGUUUUGCUCGUUAUGUUCGUGUUACAUCAACGAUGAAAGCCUGGUAAAACAAUGUUGAAAGCAGCCGCGAGGACCGGGAAUGUCUUUCAACGUGAAUCACUGAUGAGGUUGCACGCGUAGUUUCUUAGGGCGCGUGGGGGCCACCACCUCCAGUGGCCUUAUGAUGAUAAAAGCUUGUAAAAUAUAACAUAUGUUUUGUCGGAAAGCCAUAGGUAGUAUAAUGUGAGACGGCUUUCGUACUGGACAGGUCCUCCUCGCGCAUUGAGCCGUGCCCUGAUUAUGCCACCCACGCUCCAUGUGAUAUUUUGUCCACGGUCGUCGACCGCAACGUGUACGGACAUACCUCGAAUGCUCAAUUUGAGCUGCUCUGUAUGUGAAUGUUUGUAUUUCGAUUGCCAUUUUUAUUCUAAAGCGCAGUGGAGUCUCUCGCGAGGCCUGUUUCGAGGCUGUGAAUAACGCAGACUCGCAAGAGAAGCGCGUUCCAUCACUGAUCGAAAGUUUACGGGUCUCGAGGUCCUAGCCACACUUGCUGAGAAACUGUGGCGGUAGCGAGCUGUUAUUACUCCACAAGCGAGUUCGUCUUCCUAUGCGUAUUCGCUCUCAUCAAACGCUUUUAUCCCUACCUAUUUAUUUUCGUUGUUGCCUGACACCUUUUACAUCUGUACAUAAGUCGUGUUUGCCUUUUUGUUUCGCUCUGUCUUGUAUUGAACCAUGAGAGAAUGAAUUUCGCUUUUUUUUUUCAUCUUGAAUCAUAUCAUCCUUCCGAAUUAAAAAAAUAUUGAAGAUACAGAAA